AAUGCCAGGCACAAACCUUAUUGUGCCGGUGGUGCUGUGGGGCAAACAUGCUCCCACUCACUGCAUCUCCUCAGUUUACCUUUCUCGAGAUCAGAAGACACUUGUUACCGGGUGCUACGAUGGCCAAAUCUGUAUCUGGGCGGUACAUCCUGAGACUCUGAAGAUGAUACCGAGGUGUCUGCUGGUGGGGCAUACAGCACCUGUCACCUGUUUGUCCAGAGCCUCCAUCAUACAAGACAAUAACUACAUAGUGAGCUCAUCGGAGGCCGGCGAGAUGUGUACAUGGGAUUUGGUUGAUGGGAAAUGUCGUGAAAGCGUCAAACUUACGCAAAUACAUACAAACAUACAGGCAUACCACAUGUGCAACAGCGAAGAUUUGCGUCUCUUCUGUAAUGGGUAUUAUGCUGAGAUAUUGAUAAUGGACCCAUUCUCACUCGAGAUUCUGUUCUCUUUGAGUUCCAAGAUGAAUCCUGAUUGGAUAUCUGCGUUGCAUGUCUUGCGUCCGUCAUCAAGGAAAGAUGAUGUGGUACUGGCUAUAUCGAUUACCGGCACUGUGAAGGUAUGGUCUCUUCUUGGUCACGAGAAUAAGCAGUCGGAGCCGAUAUACGAGAACGAAUCGAAGCAGAUUCGAUGCCUGAACGCGUUGUCUCUCAACUGUUGUGCCUACAACCAGCGCACUGUGCUGAUCGUUUGCGCUAAAUAUUGUCAGAUUUAUGAUGCCGGUGAUUUCUCCGUGCUCUGUUCCAUCCAAGCGCCGCGUGGUGAACGCUGGAUGUCAGGGGACUUCCUCGCGCCUGAUCGGGUACUGGUGUGGUCCACAGAAGGGAAAGGUUACCUGUUUCGACUACCUGCUAACAAACUCCGCGGACGGGCUCUCAGUAGCUCUGUCCCGGAUCAUAAAGGCUUCCAUGGACCUACAGUGGAACAUGACAGCCCAGUGUUGUAUGGUAUCCUGGCGCAUCCAGACAAUAAGCUGCUCUCGUGCCCUCCAGCGAUGCGUUUAGUCAUCACGUCAGUGGGUGGUAAACAGCGCAGACUGUUGUUACGCGGCGAUUCAGCAGGCGUGGUCUCCAUAUGGAAUGUUGAUGAUGCAGCCGUACCCACUCCUAACGUAACACCCUCUCACGCGCCUGUAGUGAUGACGAGUUUGGAUAUGGCGUGGGCGGAAAUGAACCCCAGUCCCGUUGGUAUAUUGGACCAACUCCACCAUCACGAUGAGUCAGAAAUCAAACUGACGGCCUCUAUAUAUCUUCUCGCCGCCAAUCGUCUGGUGGUAGGGCGGGAGGACGGGUCCAUUGUGAUAGUGAAUGCAACGCAUACAGUGCAACUACAGUUGUUGCAUGGCAGCCAUCAACAGUUGGAUGAUUGGCCACCUCAUCAGUUGCUGCUCGGACAUAACGGUCGAGUCAAUUGCCUGCUAUACCCACACCAUGUGCAUCCAAGAUACGACAAAGCCCAUCUGGUGUCCGGCGGGAUAGAUUUCGCCGUCUGCCUGUGGGAUCUGUUCAGCGGUGCAUUGUUGCACAGAUUCUGCGUCCACGCUGGGGAGAUCACGCAGCUGAUCGUGCCGCCAUCUAAUUGCAGUACAAGAAUUCAGAAAUGCAUCUGCUCCGUAGCUUCAGAUCACAGCGUUACGUUGCUGAGUCUAGCAGAACGGAAAUGUGUGACGCUAGCGUCCCGGCACUUGUUCCCCGUGGUUACCAUUAAGUGGCGACCAGCAGAUGAUUUCAUGGUGGUAGGAUGCAGUGACGGUACCGUCUAUGUGUGGCAGAUGGAGACCGGCCAUUUGGAUAGGGUGCUGCAUGGUAUGAUUGCUGAAGAAGUGUUAGCUGCUUGUGAUGAAACGGUGUCUGAUGACCUUGGUGGGUCCAUAGCGGUGGGCUCCAGUGACCUUCAGGGACUGGCGAAUCCUGCUGUACACUUCUUUAGAGGGUUGCGACAUCGCAACCUGACGGCGAUGCGAGCCGCCACGGCUCGAGGGCUGGCCGCGCUCGCCGCGCCCGCGCACGGCGCCGCCGCCGGGCCCCUCGCCGCCCCCGCCCGCGCCCGCCGCGCCGCCCUCACCGUGCAGGGCUUCCGGUCCAACCCCGCAGAUCCAGAAAGCCACAUAUUGUUCUUCGACAUCGAAGGCCUCAUUGUGGAGCUCCUGAGCGAAGAAUACUCAGCCAUGAGUCCCGCCAGCUUAGAAGCUGCCGGACUUAUCACAAGUGAAUACAUGAAAGUGGCAGCUCUGACGCAGUCGGCCAGUCCUGACGCUACCAAGAGAAUAUCAGAUUUCUUCGGCCGCGUGAAAGACAAGGCCGGAGAUAUGGAACGCAUACUGAAAGAGAAGGACAAACAUGGUAUCCUCGCAAAGAUGAAGGAAGGCGCGGAAACAAUGCAGACCAAGUUACAAGCGAAAGCGGAGCAAUUGAAGGGCCAUACGGACGCGAAAGAUGACUCUACCCAAAGCAAACGUCAGCGUCCUAAGGACAUGUCGCUGGCUGAGCCCCCGCAUACGAUGGAGAUAGCCCAGAUCCUGAUCUCUCUGCUGCAUGCUUGGGGACUCAACCCUGACCUGGACAGAGUGUGCGAGACCAAACUGGGGCUUUUGAGACCCAUGGUGCCAGUAUGCUUCGGCGUAGUGUCCCGUCAUGGCCACAUGGCUGUACAGCUUCCCACGAGGGUGCUGGAGUGGGCGGAUGCCUACGCCGCCGCGCCUGAUGACCCACUGCUGGUCAAUUCGGACCUCCCCCCAGAACUGUUGCGGCAGGAGAAGCUUACCAGGCUGUUCACAUCCAAAUUGCACUGGGAACUGAGUACCACGUUGACAACGAACCAUCUCCUCUCCAUCGUGGCACUCUCCAACACUCUCAAGUCGAUGAGGAACGCGGGCUUCGUGCCAGAACAAGAGGUGGCGAGAAGACUGCACAGACCCUCCACCCGGUCAUCAUCGUGGGCCGGUGACGAGGAGCGUGAGGAGCAGCUGGCUGCCCAGCAAGUCCACAUAAAGCAGGGCUGGGCACUGCUCAUAACUCUACACUGUGUGCUAUUACCAGAGACAGUGGUCGCUGCGGGCUCCAAGAGCUUCAAACGUCCCCAAGUGGAGAUGCUGGCGCGAAGAUGGCAACACCAUUGCAUUGAAGUUAGAGAUGCUGCGCAAGCGCUGCUUCUCGCUGAAUUGGGCAGAUUGGGUCCUAAAGGCCGUAAGAUCCUAGUAGACAACUGGGCCCAGUACCUACCACUGUACACCCACACAGAGAGCAUUAACCCGCAAGCAAUACCGAAAGAACCAGUCGAAAAGCAAGAGGAAGAAUUUGAAGAAGAAGAGGAAGAGAUAGUAAGGAAGCCGUCUUCUCUCGCAGAAUUGAAACGCAAGCAAACCACAGCAGUGGUGUUGUUGGGAGUCAUCGGAUCGGAAUUCGGUCAAGACAUCACCAGUGAAGGUGCUGCGGGUAACAAGCGUCGUAAAGACGCGGACAGCAGAAAGAGUUCUGUGGUUGAAGGUUUUACUCUGAGCGCUUCGAACAACCUUGCACGUCUGACAGCGUUGGCACUGACGCACUUGCUGCUAGCGCCGCCCUGCUCACGGCUGCCCGCAUACACCCCGCUACGCAGGGCCGCUGUCGAUCUGCUGGGUCGCGGGUUCACUGUCUGGGAGCCUUACCUGGAUGUCAGCCAUGUGUUACUCGGGCUACUAGAGCUAUGCUCAGACGCAGACAAGCUGGUGCCUUCGAUGACGUACGGGCUCCCACUCACGCCGCAAGCCGACUCCUGCCGCACCGCAAGACAGGCGCUCACGCUGAUCGCUACUGCCAGGCCGGCGGCGUUCAUCACGACGAUGGCGCGCGAGGUGGCGCGGUGUGCGGCCGCGGCGGCCGCCGGCGGCGCGCCCCCCCGCCCCGCGCUGCAGCGGGGCCGCGCGGAGGUGCUGCGCGGGCUCGAGCUGCUCAUAGACCGCCUGCACGCGGAGCUGGCCGAGCUGCUGGUCGAGGUCAUGGACAUAAUCUUACACUGCGUUGACCAGUCUCACCUGAAGAGCAAGGGUCUGAACGAGGUGUUCCCGGCCAUAUGUCGGUACAACCAAGUAUCACACUGCCCGGCCACUAGGAGGAUAGCAGUGGGCAGCCACACGGGGCAGCUGGCGCUGUACGAGCUGCGCGCGGGGCGCUGCCAGUCGCUGGCCGCGCACGCCGGCCCGGUCGCCGCCGCAGCCUUCAGCCCCGACGGGCGCUACCUCGUCUCCUACGCCGCCGCUGACAACCGCCUCUCCUUCUGGCAGACCACCGCAGGCAUGUUCGGACUGGGCGCGGCGCAGACUCGCUGCGUAAAAUGUUACAGUACAGCGCCUAUGGCGGAUGUCGCGCGUCUCAACCCCGCUCGCCUCGCUCGGCUUGUGUGGGCCAACUCUCGCACUGUCACUCUCAUGCUCGCCGACGGCUCCGAAACCAGAUUCAACAUUUAAGUUAUCAGCGAAGCGUGGGAAUAAUUAGAUCUAAGCGACGUGAUACCAGCGAAGCAUAGGUAUAAUUAGGUCUAUGCGACGUGAUAUCAGCGAAGCAUGGGUAUAUUUAAACCUAAGCGACGUGAUAUCAGCGAAGCAUGGAAAUAAUUAAUUGUUUGUGACGUGACAUCAACGAAGCACCAAGAUAAUUAAGUGUAGAGUAAUAUGAUGACGCGAAAGCGUGCUUUGCAAACAAGAUAAAAUUUUUGAGGUUAUAUUAUAUAUCUCAUGAGUUAACCAUAUAUAACCAUAGGUUUACCAUAAAGCGAUGAUUGUUAUGGUCAUAAAAUAAGUAUAAUAAUUGCACUGGGUGUCUGAACUUGUCUUUCUUUGAAUAGCUCAUGCUAAACAAACAUUUUAUGCUGUUUUUGUUAAUAUAAUCGUUUAAUGUUAUAACAUUUAGUUAUUGUAUUUGUAAAAUAUUUUGUUUUUAGUGGUAUUUUUUUGUUAAGUAUUUAUAUGUUGUAUAAUAAUUCAUAUUUUACACCUUAGCUUUACAUAUAAUAAAAUCGAUACGAGGCAAAAGGUGUCUGAAUGAAUAUUAAAGCUUGUGUUAAAAACAGCUGGAGAAAUUAGGAAGAAAUUUUCAUGAUAUAGUUGUGUGAUAUAUAUUAAUUAACAGUCGUUUUAGUAUGUUGCUCUUUUAUUAGUCAAUUACACGGUCGGAUCAAACAAAUGUGGGUUGGAAAUCAAUACAAUAUAUUGUAUGUAUAAA